CUCAAGAACCCUAGUUUGGUUGCUAAUAAAUAACAGGUGCAGAAGCAGAGAGUGUGGUAGGUUCGUCCGAGACCCGAAGCGGCAAUGGGUAUCGAUCUCAAGGCCGGAGGUAAGAGCAAGAAGACCAAAAGAACCGCACCAAAGUCCAAUGAUAUCUAUCUCAAGCUCUUGGUUAAGCUUUAUCGCUUCCUUGUUCGGAGAACUGGCAGCAAUUUCAAUGCUGUAGUACUCAAGCGUUUAUUCAUGAGCAAGGUUAAUAAGCCCCCAAUGUCUUUAUCAAGAUUGAUCAAGUAUACAAAGGGAAAGGAAGAUAAGAUUGCCGUGGUGGUGGGGGCUGUAACCGAUGAUAUUCGUGUUUAUGAAGUUCCAUCCUUGAAAGUUACAGCACUCAGGUUUACAGGGACUGCUCGUGCAAGAAUUGAGAAGGCCGGUGGUGAAUGCCUGACGUUUGAACAGUUGGCUCUAAGGGCACCUCUGGGACAGAACACGGUACUUCUUAGAGGCCCUAAGAAUGCUCGUGAAGCUGUGAAGCACUUUGGUCCUGCUCCCGGUGUGCCUCACAGCCACACCAAGCCUUAUGUUCGAGCAAAGGGAAGGAAGUUUGAGAGGGCUAGAGGAAGGAGGAACAGCCGAGGAUUUAGGGUUUGAUGUGAUAGUGUUGUAUUGUCUACUGGUUACCUGUGAAAUUCAAUUUUUCCUUAUAUCUUAGACGGUGGAGGCAGUUUACUUGUUAUUUGUGUUCUGAUAAUGAUUUUCACUAUGAAGUUUUCAUUCUUGUCUCCUUUAUUCUCCUCCAAUGAAUUGUUUUGUGAAAGUUUUAACUCAGUUUUGAUGCUUCAGAAUGGAUAUUCGCAAGUCAUGUGCAGCAUCAUGCUUGUGCUUUAUGAA